AUGCCUGAGGUAACGGUGCGGGUAGAUGGGGGAAUUGCAGUUUUCUGCAAUCCACCCAACUACCCAAGGGAAUAUCCCAGUGUCACUGGCUUCGGGUCGGCUGUCGGGGUGCAUCCUAAGGCGCCUCUAAGGGACGUUAACGGUGUGGUAGGACAGGUGGAGAGAGAAUUGUGGAAGGAUGGGGUGGUAGCGCUUGGAGAGAUCGGUUUAGACCGAUCCGUGCCUGAACGUGAGUGGAGUAGGCAGGAGGAGAUGUUUGUGGGGCUGUUAGAGUUGGCUUGCCCUAGGCGACCAGUGAUUUUGCAUAUUCGGGGGCAGGACACGUACUCUUGUGAGGCUAGUGCCCUUGCUCUCCGUCUCAUGCAGAAAAACGUAAGUCCGACACAAAGAAUACACCUCCACUGCUUUACGGGAACUCUUGAUCAGGUUCUGAGUUGGUCCGUCGGAUUCCCUUGGUGUUACUUUAGCAUCUCGGGUCUGGUUGCUCGUUUUGAUGAGGUGCAAAAGUCAGCUGUGCGAGGGAUUCCGGCCGAUCGACUUCUAGUGGAGACCAACUCUCCCUACUUGCGAGUCCUGAGUAAUAAAGACAAUACUCCGGCGUACGUAGGUGAGGUUGCGAAUGCUGUGGCCCAGAUCCGAAAGGUAGGCUACUGCUCCGUAAGCUUGAAUGCUGACAUCGACAAAUACGUGCAUUAUGGGGAGAUCGUCUGCUUCAUGGUGGGAGGGAUGAAAUGUCGUCUGUUGACCUCCUACACCCGUAUCCCCUCGACCACGCUGCAUAUCCAUGGGAUGAAACGUCGGCUGCUGACUCCCUAUGCUCGUAUCCCGUUGAUCACGCUCGGCGAUAAGUGUGCCUAA